AUGCAUUUGCGACUCUUUGCCAUUUUGAUAACUUUGCUGUGUGAUGUGAUCAGGAUGGGCUCCGGCGUUGUGCAGAAAAAAAGGGCUCAUAGAGAGACAUCAGAUGACUGUCGGAGCUGUCUGGAGUGUUCCCCUGACAAUGGCUGUGUGCGUUGCCCUGAGCGACUCUUCCUGUUUCUGCAGAGGGAUGGGAUGUCACACCAUGGAACCUGUCUCCACGCCUGCCCCACUGGACACUAUGGACAGAGAGGGAAGGACAUCAACCGCUGCAUGAAGUGUCGGUCCUUGGAUUGCGAGCACUGUUUCAGCCGGGACUUCUGCACCAAAUGUAAGCCUGGCUUCCAGCUGUACAAAGGCAAGUGUCUGACCCACUGUCCAGAGGGAACCUUCGCCCACCAGUCCGACUGCCUCGAGGACUGUCUUCAGGCACCUCUGGGAGAGUGGAGCAACUGGAGUGUCUGCCUCCAUAAUGGCGUCACCUGUGGCUUCAGGUGGGGAAAGCAGACCAGGACCAGAGAGGGAGGGCUGUCGGGAGGAAUGCCUGAAGAGCAUGCAGCAUCGCUCUGCCCGUCCCACAGCGAGACACAGAGAUGCCGAAUGAGGAAAAAGUGUCCUAAAGACAAGGAAAGGAAAUAGGAAAGGAAAGAGGAGAAAUGAAGAAGUCAAAGAGGUAGGAAGCAGAGAGGAAUGAAGAGCAGCAGCAGUAGCCGAUAG